ACAACCUCAUAGUCUGCAGUGUGACCAUAGCCGCUGAAUCCGGAGCGAUGCCGUGCGCUCUAGGGUCCGGGUUUUCUUUUUCUCCCCUCCCAUCUAUUUCCUCCUCGCAUGCCACUAGUUUACCUUCACUUGUUCAGCCUUCACUCUGAGAGGAGGAGGAGGAUGGUAUGUGAUUGGCCAGGCGGGGGCUGGUAGUCCGGAGGCUGGCAUUGUGCUCCACGUUGAUCCCCGUGUUCUUGUUUACACCUUGCGGACGGGGACGAGGCAAGACUAAGACACCCAGGGUCCCCCCAGAACAGACUCAGGAGUCCAGUCAGCUGUGGACGCGGCAUCUCCCUUCUUCUGACAGCAUCUCCCCGUGGUACUCAUUUUGUAUGGUCGCAAAAUAAGUUUGUCUUCUGCUGGGAAUCGGACUUUCUAUCGCAUGAUUUAACCUCUCCAGUCAGAGCAGCAAUGCGUCAAACUUUUUGGUGACUUUUGUGUUACCACUGCGCUUAUCGCUCCCAGGCAACAGAGUAAGUGCAGCUUGGAAAUGAAAUCUACCAGGAAUUUGUUUCUUAAUAUUUGCGGGGUGUGAUAUCUACGGACCUUUUCAAAGUUUGAUUACAGGCGGAAAUGUUUUGAGCGUUGUAGUCUGUUUGCGACAACAGUCAAGAGUGAACUAUUUACCAAAACAACCACAUACAUCAAUUACUGGACUCUUUGGUGUUUCGCUCUUUCCUGUGGAAUCUUUUUCAGGAGCAGAGACUUUGUUGGACAAGAGCCACUUUUGUCAGAAACACCGCAGGUAACGCUGUGUGGGAAACCCCGGGACGUUUCGCAACGGUGUAUCCGGAAAAGAUGCUCUCUGUUCGGAUGAAGCGUGACCAAGGUCUCGGUCUUCUGGUUCUUCUCCUCUUGGUCGGGGGAUAUCUCGCGUCUGGCACUGAGAGUAGCGACUACAGUGAGGCCGAGGUUCUCCCCGACUCUUUCCCGUCGGCACCAGCAGAACCUCUCCCAGAAUUCCUGCUGGAACCGGAGGACGCUUUCAUCGUAAAGAACCGGCCAGUCCAGCUACGGUGCCGGGCAUCACCGGCCACCCAGAUCUACUUCAAAUGUAACGGAGAAUGGGUCAAUCAAAACGAUCACGUCACCAGAGAGAGCCUGGACCAGAUCACGGGUCUGGUGGUGCGGGAGGUGGACAUCUCGGUGUCGAGGACUCAGGUGGAGGAGCUGUUUGGGUUGGAUGACUACUGGUGCCAGUGUGUGGCCUGGAGCUCGGCCGGAACCACCAAGAGCAACCGUGCCUACGUUCGCAUUGCAUGUCAGUACCAAGGGGGUGUGUGUGUGUGUGUGUGUGUGUGUGUGUGUGAAGAAGGGAGAGUAUUUGUGUGCGUGCCUGCCUCUCUACAGGUGGACUGGUUGAAGAACGAGGAUGUCAUUGAUCCAUCGCAGGACUCCAACUUCCUGAUCACCAUCGAUCAUGAUCUGAUCAUCAAACAGGCCAGACUCUCAGACACAGCCAACUACACCUGUGUGGCUCGUAACGUGGUGGCCAAAAGACGCAGCAGCACAGCUACUCUUAUUGUUUAUGUAAGCGGAGGCUGGUCUUCCUGGACCGAAUGGUCAGAGUGUAACGCUCGGUGUGGGCGGGGCUGGCAGCGACGAACACGCAGCUGCACCAAUCCGGCCCCUCUGAAUGGAGGAGCCUUCUGUGAAGGCCCGCCCUUCCAGAGAGUGACCUGCACCACACUUUGCCCAGUGGAUGGAGGAUGGACAGAGUGGGCAAAGUGGUCCGCCUGUGGGACAGAGUGCACCCACUGGCGCAGUCGCGAGUGCCAAGCCCCCCCACCUAGAAAUGGAGGAAAGCACUGCAGUGGCAGCAUGAUGGAAAGCAAAAACUGCACUGAGGGGUUGUGUGCACGCACGCUGCCCCCAGGUAUGGGUGUCGCAGUCUAUGCUGGUCUGGUGGGGGCCCUGCUGCUGUGUGUGAUUCUGGUGUUAUGCGUGGGAGUGCUCGCAUAUCGCCGCAGAUGCCGCCAUCUCCAUGGAGACAUCACCGAUUCGUCAUCUGCUCUCACUGCCGCCUUCCACCCUGGCAACUACAAGCCUCCCAGACAGGAUAACCCUCACCCUCUGCAUCCCUCAGCUCCACCGGAUCUGACAGCCACAGCGGGGGCUUUCCGUGGGCCGCUCUUCUCCUUGCAGCAGGGGGUCAAUGACAGCCCCCACAAAAUCCCCAUGACCACCUCUCCCUUGCUGGACCCAUUGCCAAGUCUCAAAAUCAAGGUGUAUAAUGGCUCCACCCUUUCCUCGCUGAAGCUCCCCGCGGACAUGUGUUUAGGUGAUGGGGAGAUCCUCAGCCUGAAGUCAGUGGGCACUAUGGGUAGAGAGCGAGAUUACCACAGCCACACCCUCUCCAGAGAGCCUGGGCUGAGCACCAGCGCCACCCUGGGUAAUCUGGGAGGACGCCUUACCAUCCCCAACACAGGUGUGAGUCUGCUGAUCCCCCCUGGCACAAUACCCCAGGGGAAGUUCUAUGAGAUGUACCUUAUUAUCAACAAGUGGGACAAAACAACGCUACCCUCUGAGGGAAGUCAGACUGUACUAAGUCCCGUGGUGAGCUGUGGCCCAUCCGGUAUGCUGCUGAAUCGUCCUGUGGUUCUUACUUUGCCGCACUGUGCCCAGCUAGACACACCUACACCUGACUGGUCCCUCACACUCAAGACACAGACUCACCAGGGGGCAUGGGAGGAGGUGCUGACAGUAGGAGAGGAGACUUUGUCGUCUCCGUGUUACUUGCAGCUGGAGGAGGAGUGUUGUCAUGUUCUCAUGGAGCAGCUGGGAACAUACGGUCUUGUGGGCCAGUCCUGCCCUCCGCAGCCCGCCUGCAAACGCCUGCAGUUGGCACUGUUCGCCCCUCGAGCACCCUGCCUCUCCCUGGACUACAGCCUUCGUAUCUACUGCAUCCAUGACACCCCACAUGCAUUCAAGGAGGUGCUGGAUUUGGAGAGGAGUCUAGGAGGAGUUUUGCUGGAGGAUCCCAAGCCUCUGCUGUUCAAAGACAGCUAUCACAACCUGCGCCUGUCCAUCCACGACAUCCCUCACACUCACUGGAGAAGCAAACUUCUGGCAAAGUAUCAGGAGAUCCCAUUCUAUCACAUCUGGAGCGGCAGUCAGAGACCCCUGCACUGCACCUUCAGCCUAGAGAGAGGAAGCCUGGCUGUGUCGCAGCUCACCUGUAAGAUCUGUGUCCGACAGGUGGAAGGGGAGGGACAGAUAUUCCAGCUUCAUACGGAUAUUCAGGAGACUCUACCCCCGCACUCACCCCUCCCCUCAGGAGGCACCUGCCUGCCUUCCUCUCAAGUGGGACCCUAUGCCUUUCGCUUGCCUGACUCCAUCCGCCAGAAGAUCUGUGCCAGUUUGGAUGCACCCAGUGCUCGAGGAUGUGACUGGAGACUCCUGGCACGCAGUCUGGGCUUUGACAGGUACUUGAACUACUUUGCAACAAAGCCCAGCCCCACAGGUGUUCUACUGGACUUAUGGGAAGCUUGUCACCAGGCUGACGCAGACCUGGUCUCUCUGGCGACUGCGCUGGAAGAAAUGGGCAAAAGUGAGGUGUUAGUUGUCAUGACAACAGAUGGGGAUUGUUGAUUGGUCAAGGAACAAGAGAGCAAGCCAGACUUUUUUUUUUUUUUUUCUCUCCACCGUGAUGGAAAUAAGAACACCUGCCGAUGAAUAUGCACAAACCAUAAGCCCACAGAGCAUUUUGGUUCCGUCACAUGCAAUGUAUUACCUCUGCCUCAUCUUCCUUUUCACUGACCCCCGAUCAGCCACUGUAGCGACAUACCCACCGUAACCCAUUCCUAUGAUAACUGCUAUACUGAUGCUGCCUGAAUCCUCCAAAGUAAUGUUGCAUCUGCAAGAUGUGAAACCAAUUUGAGGGUACGAAAGCGUAAAAUGGGUGCAAAGUAAUGUCAUAUGUUGUGUUGACUGUCGUCUUCAAAGAUUGAAAAUUACGCUAUUUUUGUAUAUAAAUAACAAAAGCUUUGGGACAAACAAACAAAAUUCAUGUAUUCAAUACUAAAGCACGCACAAUAACACAAACAGACAAAUGCUAACACGGGAUUAGCCAUGUUUCAGUUGCAGCAUGAAAGUGCAUGAUUUAACACCAUCUCACCUCAUGGCAGGGGCUUUUGUUUUCUGCAUUGUCAUUCUGUGUGUGCAGUGAAUGACAGGCAGCGCCAACCUGUCUAAAACCUCCUCAGGCUAUAGACACACUCCAACACACACAGACAAACUGGUCAUUAACAGGCUCUGAAUCAGACUUGGAUUUCUUGUCCAACCACUUGGAUCGUCAACAAAUCCCAUGAGGUCCGAACCCUCAAGGUCGGAGGGCUUGAGCGUGUCGCAUUGCGCUUGAAAAAGAGCGGCCUCUUAGUUGUGGUAGGGUGGUGAAUUGUGACGUUCAUUUAAGAAUUUACGGAUACCUUGACCGACGGACUCUUUAUCUUGUACGAACAAAUGCCUCAAAGCCUUGGCAUACCAUUCCACCUCACGGGAAGGGGGGGUUCCUCUUUCUUCUAUCGCUCUGCCACACUCCUCCGAUCUGUUGAGAAUAAACUGCAGAAGAGCUUUCUGGUCAUCCGUUAAAAGUUUCCUUUGGGGAACGCUCUUUAAGUUAUUAUCCAUAUUUGUGGAUUUUUUUUUAAUUUCAUUGUCAUUGCUGUCACGAUCAUACAGAACCUGUUCUAUCAUCGGUGCUUAUUUAGGCUGCUGAGCUGCUGUGUUUUUUUUAACUCUAGUAAUGCAGGCCAAAUGGGAGAGCUAUGUGCUUAGUGGAUCUCUCAGUUGUGAAUAACAAAACCAUGUGUGUUUGUUAUUUUUAAUACGGUGCAUCUAUUUCAAAAUGUAAAAUGUAUUCUGUAAAACAUGAUUAGAGGCGGUCAAAUGUCCAGGUGAAAAUACUGUAUGCUGUAUUUCUUAGGCAUUGUGCUUUGCUGUAACUGAGGGCAGUUUUCCAUUGUUCAGAGAUGAAUAUUACAGAGUAGAUUAGCCUUUCCUUGAAUCAACUAGGCACCAAGGGACCAUAAAAUUGACCUCAACACUCAUACAUUAUGUUUCAAUCUAUUCUCUGUCCACCACUUAUCUAUGUGUCCAUCUGUCUAUCCAUCACCCUGUAACUCAUUAUGUCUCCCUUGUCUCAUUUUUAUAACAUAUUGUUAACCAUUUUACUAAGCCGCCUGCUUUGUGGUCAGGGUCCUCAAGCUUUUUGCAUUAUCGAUAUUGUUCUGUCAGUUAUUGUUAGACAGAAAUUGAAAUACCUUCAUCUUUUAACUUUGUUAAUACUUAAGUUCUGUGUGUUUUUGAGUCUUUUUCUCCCUCAAAGCAAAACAAGUGUUUGUAUCAUUGAAACCACAAAAACCAAAACACAGGCAGUAUCCCCCUCUACAGCAGUGAGUCAUGUCACUGUUUUGUGUGAAUGAACUGAAAACACACUUGUGUGUGUGUGUGUGUGAGUGUGUGUGAGUGUGUGGGUACGUGUGGGCAGGUGGGUGUGCACGUACAGUGUGUGCACACGCUUAAGAGCUGUCAUUUCUCUUUGUAAGUGCUAUGCAAGUACAAAAGAAAAGUGAAGCAUUUUGACUUCUUUUGUUUCCUGGAAGAGUAAUUCUAUUUUUUCAGAUCAGGGCAUUGACAGGGUUUUGAUUUUGUAUUCUUGAGUGGUUUAACAUUUUUGGUUACAGUGGUAUGUGUGGGAAUUCUUCAACUGGAUCGGAAGGAUUGGAUCACUGACCAAGAGAGUUACUAUUGAAAAAGCCCAUAUGGUAGAAGAAAACAAAGUGCGGUACAAUGGCUACAAAACAAGUUGUGACUAAUACCAUGAACUCGUGCCCUGCAGGUCUUUGUCUGUGAGGAAAUAACUGAAUGCAACCGGUUCAGAACUUUGGAUCCCUGAACAUUGCAGGACUAUUUUUUUUCGUUCCUCAAAUCUUGUUACAGAGACUGGCUAGCUGUAGACUACAGUGUUUAUUCGUCCAGAUUUCUCGAGUAUCUGUUGGAUCUUUGGCUAUAGCUCUGGAUCAUUUAUGCUGGAGCCGGACUGGAUUCUUCCUUGCUCCAAUAAAAGAGAAAUAUUUAGCCUUUGUUCACGAAGUCAGACAUUUUUAUGAAAAAAACCUAAAUGGAUUCAGUGACUUUAUUUUAACUCUGUAAAGUAUCAAUUGUAAAUAUACGUCUAGCCUUCUUACCUGUAACUAAAUAUAAUUUUUAUGCAAUAAAUUAUAUUUCUUAGUUUAACAAUA